AGAGUUUUUUCUCGGUUUCCUCGUUUGUCGUUCGUGUGGUUCGUUUGUCGUGCAAUUUCUCUAAAAAAUUUUCAUUUUCUCGUCUUGUGCGUAGAAAAAUAUAAAAUUUUCGCUUUAAAAGUAAAUUGAAUUAUAAAAAAUAGUAUUAAGACUAAAGCGGACACAAUGUGCUAUAUGUGUGUAUAAGAAUUGAGUAUAUUUCGCAACUAUUUUCAUCCGAAAAUUGCAAGUGAAAAAUCGAAGUAUAAUUUUGGUCGUUGCCGCAGCAGUUGGUUAAGAAGAACGGAAAGGAAGAGAAGCAAAGGAACAGUAAAGAAAAAAGUUCAUACAGUGGUAAAAAAGUUUAAGAAAUGUGCGUAACUGCCAACGAAAAAUAUUGAAAAAUUGUCUCAAAAUAUUCAAAACUAAUUUAUAAUCCGGCGAAAUUAAUAGCCGUGUUUCGUGGAUACACAGAUUAAAAUUCUCGUAGAAAUAACUUCAACACUACAGCAUUCAAAUAUUUGUUUUAUGCGAACAUGAGCUAUAAUCAGAAGCCACCUGGUGCUGGCGGCAGCGGCAUGGGGGGAGGGAUGCCACCAAAUGGGCCGAACAAUCAGCAGGUUGCAAAAACAUUGGCCGAUAUACAACAUCAAAUGCAGAAUUUGGUGCAUGGCCAAAAUACAUUGCCGCAAUCAUCGCAGGCUGAGCUGAAUGUAUUUUUGCAACAACAACGUUUUCAAAACAUCUUGAAACAGCAGCAAUUAUUACAUUUUCAAAUGCAACAUCAACAACAACAGCAGCAGCAUCAGCAUCAGCAACAACAACAACAACAGCAGCAACACCAGCAAAAGGAUCGUGGCGGCGGCAGCGUCGGAAUUGGCAGUGGUGCUGGCGGUGGAGGCGCUGGCGAACCAUUAGCGCUCACUCGUACACCAGGUGCCGCUGAACUGCUAAAUAAAACGUUUCAACAACAGCCAAAUGGUAGUGCUGCCGCACCAAAUGCCGCACUGAAUCAGUUUCAACAGCAAUUGCAGGCGCUGCCAACAAAUAUCAUACAACAAUUGCAAACGUUGCAGUAUCAAAUGCAACAACAUCAACAUCAACAGCAGCAACAACAACAACAACAGCAUCAGCACCAACAACAUCAACAACACCAACAGCAUCAGCAACAACAACAGCAUCCGGCACAGGCAGCGCAAGCACAACACCAUCCAACACAUCAACAACCGCCGCCAUCAGCACAACAACAGCAGCAACCACAACCCUUGUUGACGGCACAUCAACAGCAACAAUUACACGGACAAUUUCAACAGCACCAACAAAAGGCACUCCAACAAUUGCAACAGAGUUUACGUUAUUUCCCCACCACUGCACCCACACAGCCAUCAGCUGCGCCGCAGCCCACAGCCAGCGGCAUUAAAGGUGGCAGCGGCGCUACAUCAACCCAACCACCACCACAGGCACCACCGCCAACCACAUCAAUUGGCAAUCAAUUAAAAGCUCCAAAUUUGCCGCCUAGCACACAAAUCACACCGGUGCCAGGUAAUGUGGGCAUGAUGUCUGGGGGUGGGGCAGCGCAACAAGCUGUCAAAAACACUGUAAGUAGUGCGAUCUCCAGCGCUGCCAGCGGUGGGGUUGGUAAUAUUGUCCCCACUGCCAGUACCAAGCAGGCGCCAACGCCAUCCAUUUCAUUGCUGCCGGCCAAAUCGGGCACGUCAACCGCAGCACCAACAGCCGCACAUCAACAAAGUAAAUUUGGCGCUGGCAAAACAUCACCAGCUGUCAGCGCUAUACCACCACCAUUCCCCUCACACUUUCAGAAGCCGUCAGCUGUGUCGUCUAACGGCAAUACUACAGCCACUACCAACAUAGCAUCAACGGCUAAAUCUGGUGGUGGUUCAGUGCCUACAAGUACGGCAGCUAUGUCAUCCAGUGCCUCAACAGCGGCUGCUGGAUCGAAUAAGCCAACACAGCAGCCCGUCAACCCGGUAUCGCUUACGAAACAAGCAACGUUAGCACCACCAUCAACGUCAUCUUCAUCACAAUUGUCAGCAGCGACUGGUGCACCUACAACAUCUCCGGCAUUGACUACCACCACCACAGCAACAGCUCCGGCAAAUGUUGGUAGUUCUAGUACUACAGCUCCAGCUGCAGCAACACAGAAGGCUACAAAUUCAAUACCGAUCGCGCCUGUAGCUACUGGUGCUAAUAUUACACCAGCUGCAAACGCCGACAAGAAUGUCAAGUCCGCCACGCCUGAGACGAACGAAGCCAUCAAAGGUGUUGAAAAGUCGAACGAUGCUCCUGCAAAGGCGAAAGAGGAGCAAUCUCCAUCUUCGAUCACGACAAAACCAGUUGUGACAGAGACGAAAACUGAGAAUAUUGCUGAUCAUGCAGCUGCCAAAGAUACAAAUGCUGUUGUUGUGGCGGAUGCUAAAGCUAAGAAGCUGGCGGAUACAGAUAGUGCGGUGGUGGAAAAGCCAAAUGCUACUGUGGAUAAUAAAGCCACAGUAGUAGACAGCGUAAGUGGCGUUACGGUUGGCGGCGAGAAGGUCAGCGAUGCAAAGCUAGAGCAAAGCAAAGCGCCUGCUGUAAAAGAGCGCGACAGUAACACCAAGGUAGAGGCUAAGGCUGAACCAGACAACAAAGCAGAUGAACAUAAUAAGAACGCCAAGAAGUUGGAGUCAACUGCUGAAACACCUGCUAAUAAUGAAAUAAGCCUACCUGCAGCAACAAAGGAGCCAGAAGAUACAAAGCCCGCAGAGAAGAUUAACAAAACGUCUACACCUUUAACAGUAAACAAGGAAGGUAAUGAAAAUGCAGAUCCCAAAGUAGCGACAACACCUCAAGAUACUGAAAAAACGGAUAACAACAAGAUUAAAGCGGCAGAGUCUGCAACUAAUUUAGACAGUGCAGCCAAUAAACAGUUAAGCGCCGAGAAAAAAGAAACGACAAGCGCAAUAAAUGACUCGAAAACAGUAGUGGCUGCCGCAACAGUCGUCGACGGGAAGCCAAAAGCCAAUGCAACCGCGAACGAGGCAGAUAAGCGUCAAUCAGGACAUGCAACAACAGUCGUUGAAAAGCCAAAAGAAGAGAAAAUUAAAAAUACAAAGUCAGAAAAGUCACCAGCCACAGCUGCACACGCAACAUCUUCGGCCGCCGAUCAAUCAACACAGAGCAGCAGCGGCAGCAGCAGCAACAAUAAUCAUGCCACAACAAAGAGCACAAAAUCAAAAGCGUCCGAAGCUGCGCCAGAUUCGACGAAUAAUGCAAUCGCAGACACAGCUACUAGCACACCAGUUAAGCGUUCAAGUCGCCAACCGAAAGUAACACCAAAAUCAGCGGAGAGAGCAACAGUUGAGAAAAUCGAAAAAGUCUCGAGCAGCAGUCGAUCGCGCAAAUCGAAGAACGGUGUAAGCAGCAGCAAUAGUAAUGCCGUCAAUACUCCUGUCACACCAAUAACACCCAAACCGGAACAACAAGGACCCAGCACUAGCGCUACCGAUCGCAAAAGUUCACGUCAUCGCCUCAAAACUAUACCGUUUCAGAGUCCAUUGCCCGAAUUGGCGUACAUCACAAAAUUGUCAGCCAGCGAAGCUUCCAAUUCACCAAAGCCCAUGUCCAUGGAAGACAAGUUGAUUGUUUUCUACAAAAAUGAAUAUAUGGCGGUGCGCAAUGCCGAAGGUACAUUCUACUUGUGUCAAACGAUGCAAAAUGUCUAUCGCACAUCGCCACGCAUUAGCAUUCGUUGGCUAUCGGAAGAUCCAAAUAACAGCGGCAUUUAUAUACCUGAUUUCUAUGACCACACCGAUAUUGAGUGUGUGCUGACGACUGUCGAACUGAAACGCGUCGAUAAGGGUCAUCUAAGUUUACCGAAGAAAGAGCAGGCACGCAUAGAGAGUAUACUCAAGAAGGCUAUCGAUGUGGAGAAAGGACUGGUGCCAAGACCGGAACUUACAGAGGAGAAUCCAGAUGGGCUUGAUAUAUCAUUGUACAAAGAUGAAUCUCAAAUUGAAAAGAAGUCUGCGACGGCCACAACACCCACUGCUAUACGAACAUCGCGCCGCAGUGGUAACAGUGACAUUGGCACACCAACAACAGGCAAGUACAAUGCAAGCAGCGCCACCUCAUCGGCUACAUCUGCUGCGAAAGGACGCAAACGGGGACGUGCAAGUAUCGCCAGCGCCGCUGCGGCUGGUGACAAUGGUGUGAAAGCUUCGGCUAAGAAGAGAAAACUAACCACCAAACGCAAAUCGAAAUCGAAGAAGUCCUCAACCACAGAUGAGGAAAAUGAAAGCAGUGAUGAUUCCGAUGCAGAAUAUAAACCAAAUCAAAAGAAUGCAGGCACCGCUUCAAAGGCGUCACCACGUGCACAACGCUCACCAUUGGCCAAGGCUAGAGCGGCAUCGCCAAUUAGCUCGACGACAGCGCGAACUAAAAACUUGCCCGCCAAGUCGACACCAACGGCCAGCAGUCGUGGCGAACGUGCGAACAAGCGCAAAGCAGCCACAGAUGGUGCAGCAGCGGAAACUGUUGCCGCAACUCCAACAAAGAAAGCUGGCGGUGUUACUACAACAGCUGCUGCGGCUGCGGCUGCCGCUCCUGCUACAGCAGCAACACCAAAUGCCUCAAAAUCAGCAAAUUCAAAAAGUAAAACAGCUCAAGAUGGCACCACUGCUGAAGCGAACAAUAGUGCGUCGACGCUUAACAAAAAGGUCAACAGCAAUAGCACAACAGCGGCGGAAACCACAAAUGUGGUUAGUAGCACAACAAAUGCUGGCAACACAACUACAACAACAACAACAGAACAAACAACUGCUGCCGCCUCCUCAAGCAACAGUAGCGGCGGCGGCGGUGGUAAUGGCGGUAGUACGAACAGUAAUCGGCCGACUAGAAGUCGGAAAUAGAAACUAUAAUUAGUUAGGAGAGAGAGAGUGUAAUUGUAAUUUAUCAAUAGUAGUGUUAUAAUGCAGUUAACGCAUUCCCACAUAAGAGAAUUAAACAUUUUGACAACGCUCGGAAAACACACACACAUACACAUACUCAAGCAUGCAAUAGCAGUUGGACACACACACACACACACACAUGUAGUAUGAACGAAAGCAUUUCUUUUUUUAAUGCAGAAUAGAGGCAUUUAAACGGAAAUCCAGUUCAGACAUAGUGCAAGCCAGUGUCAAUGUUAUCUGUGAGUGACGCCGUUAAUCCGAUAAUAUAGCAAAUCUAGCAAUAUUUUUUAAACAGCAAAACGUUCGAACAAAGUGUACAUUAGUUAUAGAAUGUAUGUAAACAAUUAUAUAGAUUUAACACAACACAGACAGCACUUAAGAUAGGAGACAAAGAGGCGUAGCAUAGAUACAUAAACAUAUAUGCAUAGAUUGAAGUGUUGUUGAUAUGCAUUAUUUUAUUUUGAUUACAAUCUUUUCUUCCAUUCAAUGCAAAUUAAAGCUGUUUUAUUUUUGAAUUUUGAAGCAACAAAAAUUAAUAACAAAAAAUCGUGAUCUACAGACAAUGUUACAAAUUGCAAAUUUUUGUUUAUAUCAAAACUGGACUUCUUUGGCAUUACAUAGCUUUCUUUUUUUUUUGUAUAAUGUUUAUGGUAUAUUAAUUACUCUGACUUAUCUGUAAAUUUUUUGUAAGAAGUUAAUUUAUUAGUUGUAGGCAUAUAUGCUUUAGUUUUACUUUUGUAUGUAGAACUAUAACUUUUCUAAAAUUUAUGCAAAAUAACAUGCGCAUAAUACAAAAAACACUGGCUUAAUGUAAGUAAGGGAGCUAACAAUAUAUAAAUAACUUGCAGUACGGUUAGUACGUGAAUUAUAGCAGACCAUAAAAAAACUUGUAAAUACUGAUUUUAUGUACUUCAGAGUGCGGCUUCCAAAAACAAAACACAAAAAAAAUGAACACAAGGGAAGGUGUACAAAUUACAACAACACUAAAGUCAUUUGCAAUAGCGCUACACAUUUGUGCAGUUUUUAAUCAUUUGUGGAAGUUACAGCAGAAAGUUUUGAAUUUCGUUAUAUUAACACAACAAUAAUUUAUAAAUGAAGAAUUAAUAGACCAAAAGGAAAAUUUCAAAUAAUUAACAAAACCUUGAAAUGUCAAAUACAAAACAAAAAUACUAAUGAGCAUUUGAGUGUUGCCACACAAGAAAAGCAGUUGUAAUUUUGCGGUAUCUAAUAUUUAAACGGCGUUUAAAUAUCAAAAUAGUAAAUACAUUCAAUUAAUGCAGGGAUGAAAUCAAUAGUUAUUUGUGUAUGAUAAAAGUACUCAUUCCCAUUCGAAAAACAAAAAAAAAAAAACAUGCACACAGCAAACACAAAUAAGUCGCACAUACAUAAAUGAGAGAUUGGCAAGAUGUAUAUUACAUUAUUCUACGUUUUGGAUGCAAAUGAUUAUUGAGUCGAAGCGGUAAAGUGUAUUGCAAGCGUAUAGCUGGUAUCUGAGAAACUGUAAUGAACAGUUUAUCUAAGAAAAUAAUGAAGCAUGCAUUAAAAUUAUAAUAAACUAGCCAUUCAAAUAUCAUCAAAUUGUAAUUGUAGAAUGUAAUGUUUUCGAAAUAUAUAUAUACAUAUAUACAUAUACUUAUAUAUAGAACAUACAAUGGCACUUAAAAUUUGUAUGAUAAAAAACAUAAAAUGCCUAAGUGGAAAAAUAAUAUGAAUUUUAAUGCAAAUUGAUUUACAAAAAAAAAACAA